AGCAUGCCUAAGCUCGAAUGGUGUCUCCUAUUCAGGGUUUAUUCUCACGUUUCACAUACUGAACAGAGCACAUUUACGCUGCUAAUUUACACACACGCCAGUAAAUCUGGGGCAUUAAUAGGAUUUUGUCGUUAAUGAGGUGUUUGUGAGUUUGCUCUAAAAACUGCCGGAUCUCCAGGAACAUCUCGUUAGCUGUUAUUCGGAACCUAAAAAGAUAAGCAAGACAUUUUUUUCUCAUGCAAAUAAAUCACUCGUGUAGAUCCAGUCUCGGGCACACACUCACAGCGUCGCUCAUUCGUGCAAAUCCUCCACCAGGAACACUGAGAGAUACCUGAAGAGCUGAAGAGCAGUGAGCAGAGUCUGAUCCUGCCAUUCACAGUGUCAGCACAAAUACCUUCACUACCACUCUGUGCUGUUUAAUACUUUGAAGUCUACAUAGAGUGGACGUAUUUUCAUCGCCUUAUAACACCCUGUGAUUAUCGGAUAGCCAAUAGUGUGGGAUGGAUGCUGGAGAAUCAGACGCAUCACAGUCCGCGUGUUUCACCUCUCAGCACGCGCACAGUUGUGUAGCUCUGUGAAAUGCGCAUCUGGAGUCACUUUUUGAAGAAGUCAGCGCGCCGCUGGCACGGGAGAGAUUGAAAGUGACACACUACACACUCACACACGGCCGACCUCGAUCUUUCACGUCGAAGAAGAGCCUUCUGUUGUGAUCGACAGCCGCAGGUCCUUGUCUUCUUUCUUUCCUUCCGCGCUCCCGCACACUACAAGGACUCGGACUCGGGUUUUGCGCUGCGCUCGGCGGCGGAGAAAAAAAAAGCGCACUUCCUUUACGCGGAACUUGGGUCGCUUUGCUGGACGGAUCUUCGUCUCUGUCUGUCUGUCUGUCUGUCUUACUAUCUCUCUCUCUCUCUCUCUCUCUCUCUCUCUCUCUCUCUCUCUCUCUCUCUCUCUCUCUCUCUCUCUCUCAUCCCUAACGCCUCCCCGCUUUAGACUCUGGCUUCCAGUACCGCGUUCACACACAGGCGAAGUGUCAAAUCGCCACUGUAACUGAACCGAUUUCCCCCCGCCGAUAGUCUCAGUCCUGCCGAUUCCAGCAACCCACGGAGCAGCAAGAAGCCCAGCCCUGGAUUCACUACUUUUACUCAAUGGACAGAGCCCUCUCAACGGCCAGCCCCGAUACCAACACGCCGUGAGCAGUCCAUACUCCCUGGCCGGGGUUCCCCCUGCAGUGUGGAGGGGGAUGGAGCGUGGAGGAGGAGAGAGCCCACGUUUGCGGGAGAGCCCAGAGCGCCGCACUGCAACCAGCCCCGAUCUAAGUGGCCCACCUCCAGGGAAGAUAAGCCGUCUGGAGCUGAAUGGCAGCCCCACUGGGCCUCGCAGUCGCCACAAUGGAGCUCCACAGAGAGCCCUCGGAGCAGGUCUGAUGAUUCCCGUGUUCUGCGUCGUAGAGCAGGUGGAUGGAGGGAUGGUGGUAGAGGGGGAGGGCCGAGAGGAGCAUGCAGAAUUUGUGUUGGUCAGGAAGGACAUUCUCUUUACUCAGCUGGUGGAGACGGCACUGCUUGCCCUCGGGUACUCUCACAACUCAGCAGCUCAGGCACAGGGCAUCAUUAAGGUGGGUCGCUGGAACCCGUUGCCUAUCCACUGCCUGACGGACGCCCCUGAAGCCACAGUGGCUGAUAUGCUACUGGACGUCUACCACAUGGUCACACUACGCAUACAGCUGCAGAGUUUUGCCAAACUAGAGGACCUUCCAUCAGAGCAGUGGAAUCAUGCAACAGUGCGCAAUGCCCUUAAAGAGCUGCUGAAAGAGAUGAACCAGAGCACACUGGCUAAAGAAUGCCCUCUCUCCCAGAGUAUGAUCUCUUCCAUCGUGAACAGUUCCUACUAUGCUAAUGUCUCCACUGCUAAGUGUCAAGAGUUUGGGCGCUGGUAUAAGAAGUAUAAGAAGAUUAAAGGUGAUUACUUUGAGAAAAUGUGGCCGGUACGAGAAAAUUCUGAAAUUAAAGUGGAGAGAGACACCCUGGUGGACUUCUGUGUGUUAGGACAGCGUCCUCCCCCUCACCUAGCUGGUUUGGCUCAAUUAGGACCCUUGUGCAGUGGUAGUGCUCUUGUGAAAAGUGGAUCUUCAGAACCUCAGAACCCUUCGUCUCAGCCCCCAUCCCAAGGACAGCCACAGACACCUUCAUCUCAUAGUGGCCAGCUGCACCACAGUCCACCACUACGAACACAGGUGGCUCCACCCACAGCCCUGCAGCCUCUUCUGGGACCCAGAGGUCUCCUCUCACCUCAGCUCAGUCCACAGCUAGUGCAGCAGCAGAUAGCUAUGGCUCACCUCAUCAACCAGCAGCUGGCUGUCAGUCGCCUUUUAGCCCAUCAGCACCCACAGGCCCUUAACCAACAGUUUCUGAACCAUCCACCCAUCCCAAGACCUACAAAAUCUGGAGGACCGGGUGAGCCAGGAUCCAAUCCUUCAGCAGCAGAGGUCUCAUCAGACAUCUACCAACAGGUCCGCGAUGAGCUCAAGAGAGCCAGUGUCUCACAAGCUGUGUUUGCCAGGGUGGCAUUCAAUCGCACACAGGGUCUGUUGUCAGAGAUUUUGCGGAAAGAGGAAGAUCCUCGCACAGCCUCUCAAUCUCUUCUGGUCAACCUCAAGGCCAUGCAGAAUUUUCUCAACCUUCCUGAGGCUGAGCGAGACAGGAUUUACCAAGAGGAGCGUGAACGCAGCAUGAACCCUCCUGUAGGUCUGCCCCCAAACUCAAACUCCAGUCCUGGGGGUAACCGCCUAUCUCAGAAAGUAUGGGAGCGCAGCAUGGAUGAACAGUUAACCCCUGAUGCCUGGGCUUCGAUUUGGAAGAAUAAGAACAAAAUUACCAACUCGUCUAAGCCCUCUGGUCCAAAUCUUGACCUCCCAUUGAAACUGGAACCACUGGUCAACAUCACAUCGUCCAUUUAUGAUGAGAUCCAGCAGGAGAUGAAGCGAGCCAAGGUGUCCCAGGCUCUGUUUGCCAAGGUGGCAGCCAACAAGAGCCAAGGUUGGCUUUGUGAGUUGCUCCGUUGGAAGGAGAGUCCAAGUCCAGAGAACCGCACACUAUGGGAGAACUUAUGUACAAUCCGGCGGUUCCUCACCCUCCCCCAGGGAGACCGAGACCUGGUAUAUGAGGAGGAGUCCCGCCACCACCACAGUGAACGUCUGCACACUGUACUCCAUCUGCCCUCAGACCCUCAGGUUCUCCACAGACAGCCUGUUCCACCAUUAAAGGACCACUCUCCCAUGCGUGAGGACUCUGUGCCAGGCUCUGGAAUGGAAGACAAUCUUCAGGCUGGUGCUGGUAGUGUCAACACUGGAGGAAGCAAUAGUGUUGCCAAAAAACCCCGCUCCCGCACUAAGAUCUCACUGGAAGCCCUGGGCAUAUUGCAAAGUUUUAUCCAGGAUGUAGGCUUGUACCCUGAUCAGGAAGCCAUCCACACCCUUUCAGCUCAGCUGGACCUGCCCAAGCACACAAUUGUCAAGUUCUUCCAGAACCAGCGCUACCAUGUGAAGCACCAUGGCCGACUUAAGGAGCUGGGAUCUGAGGGUAGUGGAGUUGAUGUUGCUGAGUAUCGAGAUGAAGAGCUUCUCUCUGGCUCAGAAGAUGCAGAGUCUAGUGAAGAUGGUCAUGAGGAAAUUUACAGUGGACAAGAAGGCGCCUCAGCAGGAGCAGUCGCCCCUUCCUCCACACCAUCUUCCACCUCGGGCCAAGAAGACGGCAAAGACAAAGUUCCCUCUCUAGGGUCAGUCCGGCCUAGCUCCAUGCCUUCCUCCAGUUCAUCCCCCAGCCCACGAGACCAGGAGUAUCAGAGAUAAACCAUUCUGACCUGGGGAAAAAGGGGCACUUUGGGAAGAGGAUAGUGGAAGGUGGAACAAGUUGAACAGUAAAAGCAGACUAAAAGUAUCCGGCACAGGGUCAAAUGAAGAUUUAAUAAAAAAAAAAAAGGACAAGUGUAUGGUUUAAUAUUAAUUAUAGAAACAAAAUGUGUUACGAAAAAAAUAGUUUAAACAAGGGAUUCGUUGUUAUAGCGACAGUUUAAUUGGCAUCAGAUACUGAUCAGAUACAUUGUGUCAACAUGAAGGAAAAUUUAGGUUAGUGACCCAAAAUCACCUUGUCCUAAUCUGACAUGUUCACUUUUACUUAUGGUUUCAAGUUAAGAUACCAGUAAGUCAUAGUAGGAAAAUGCUAAGCCAGUGCUUUUUCUCCCCAAGUCCCUUCCAUGUCAAUUAAAGAAAAUUAAAUAAAAAUAACUCCUUAAUUCCUAAUAUACAAGACAGGGGAUCAUUAGAAACCAUUGUCCCACCCCUCCCACCUCUACAUCAUUCAGAGUAAUGAGAGUGAUUGAGAUUUAGAUGAUCUAUGGACAUCUGCAGGAACCCAAGCAUCUUUACUUUACUGAUCAAAGAGCCUGGUGGGUGUCUGCGGCUUCUUUCUUCCUCCCAUCUGUGAUGGGGAAUUCUUAAUAUCUCUAAGAGGUGGCUGUGUUUGGCCAUUUAGGUGGUUGAAUAGAUGGGUGGGUGGGUUAGAGGUAGUGCUGAGGACUCGGGUGUAUACAUCAGCCUUGCUCACUGAUUCCACUGUAAAUACAUGUGGUCUACUGAAAUGUCCAGAGUUAGCUUGCCUCCCCUUUGAAGUUAGAGCCAUGUCUCCUACAAACAACCACAUCAUUCCAUAUAGUCCAAUGUGGUGGGACAAACCACCAGACUGGUACCCAUGUACCCAUGCAUGGACUUCUCUCAACACCUCUGUCAGUCUAAAUUUAAUGAAUUGUGUUUCGUAUAAAAACAUGUACACGAGACAUCUUGUCACUAUGUCUCUUCAUACUCUGUUUGCACUUCAGAAUGGCUAGCAAGCAUUGAGAAAACCCAUAUGUAGGUGUCUAUUGACUGCUAUAGACAAUUUAUUGACAGAGGAGAGUGUAGUCUGACUGUCUUGUCCUGUUUUUGGCCAAGUUGAGGAGAGUUAAGUAUGUGUCCAGCAACAGUCAACAUUUUUUUUUUUUAUAUGUGGGACUACACCUAUUCCUCUCAUCCUUUAUGUCUUAUGACCCUUUCUCAUAUUGGCACACAUAGUACCACCUACCCCCACACUCCACAUCUCUAUUUAUUGCUAUCAAUAUCUACAUUUAUUAUUAUUGUUGUUGGCCUUAUUAUUGUUAUUAUGGUUGUUCUUUCAGUCAUUGCUGUUUAUAUUUUUGGUUAGAUUUUUUUUCAGCUUUUGGCUCAGAGCUGUUGUUUUAAUAAUGAAAGACUUUAUAAAAGAGGGGAACACUGCCAAACCAGUGAGAAUUAGAAGCAGUUACUGAAGAAACUGAGUGAACCCUGUGAUAUUGUGUACUACCCUUUUAAUCUACACUCCAUUCUUUUCCCAAAGAAAAAUGGCAGUAGGUGAGUUAAACCCAAAAAUAAGACAAAGCAUAUGAAAAUAUACUUUCUUUUUAAAGAAAUAUCGACAAUCCAUUUAUUGAGCCAGUUAAAAACUCUGUAUCCUGAAUGGAAUCGUGUUUAAAUUCACAUCUCGGGAAAUGGACUUGUGUACAAAGCAACACGGCUUCUCUGUGACAAAGCCUCUGUGGAUACUACAGCAAAAUCUUGGAUCCAGGGUCCUGAUUUGCGUUUGAGAAUCAGCUGCUACCUGCUCAUUUCUGGAUUACAGAGUAAUAAUCAUUGUAAAACUUACACUGACCUUUUAAACUGUUUUGUUCAUGAGGUGAUGUUUUAUGUAGAUGUUUUAUCUAUUACAAAUGACAGCAUUUUUUUUAUAUGUCUUUGAUGUGAAAAAUCCUAACAAAAGUCUCCACUGCAAAACAUUCACUCGCAUUAACAUAUCAUUAAGACAAUAAGAAAGGUGUAGUUCUUUUGAGUUAUUAGCACACAGUACAAAUUUUAAACAGUUGUAAAAAAAUUAUUAAACCUUACAGCAAACACUACAGAAUAUUUGUUACAGCAUAUUUGUUAAUGCAUAAACCUUUAUCAUCCCUUACUUACUAGUGAUCGACUUCCUGGGUAUGAAGCAUCUACAUCUGACUAUGUCUGGCUUAUAUUUUUUGUUGUAUUAUUCAUUCAGAGACCUACCAGGGCAGGGGAUGUCUAUUAAAACAUAUGCAGGGGUGAGAAGAAUUCAAAUAGAAAUAUUGGGGCACGCUGAGCAGCCAUGUCAAACCUGUUGCAUUUCACACUGAGCAAACUGUGACACAAAAAGGAUAUAGUAUAAUGUGUGGUGUUUUAGACCACUGCUGUCCUUUUUUUGAUUACCUCACAGUGUGUAUCUCAUAGUCAAUGAUUUUUAACCACUAACCAGCACAUCUUAAUAUGGCCUUUAUAGCUUUUCCUGUUUUUAACAUGAUGGUUUGGUACUUCUGUUAUAUACUGGUAAAAUAGUGUGAAAGAUUUUAGAGUCAUUUUACGUGGUCUUGUCUCAUUGAUCCAGGUUUAAAUUCAUCUCCUAAUUUUUUUAUAUAACUUAAUAUGAGUGAUCAUUCAUGAAAUGUAAAAGUUAUAUACACUUGCUGUAUAUACUAAGCUGUAUAGAAGAAUCUUUUAUUUUUUUUUGCUGCUGGUGGAUAAAAUAUACCAUGUUUUCUAAAAAAAAAUCACUGUCAAGCUUUUUCCAGCUUGAAUAUCUUUGUGCAAAACAUAUCCUGUCAACAUUUAAUACAGAUUUUUCAUACUGUAUUCUUAAUGAAAUGGCCCACAUAUUCAAAAAAAAGUUUUAAAAGAAGUUACUUGUUUUGUGACAUCUGGAAAUGUUAAAUUUGACAGCAGCCCUGGAAUGGUGAGACGAAGACUUAUUUUGAAUCUCUUAUUUAAAAUGUCAGAUAUUUGCAGGCUCUGAUAAGGGUGUCUAAUAACAGAGUACUGAUUGUCAGGUGGAUCUAAACCUUAAUUAAGCUUGUCAAUCAGCUUUAGCCGUAGGAGGCCAAAGCCCACCCCUACCAUUAUUAUCCCUCACCGUCUUGUGGCCCUGCCCCCUGCAGCGCUCAGAGAAGUCUGAAACAAGCAGCUUUGAUGAGUCCGUCUCUGCUCUGCUUCUAAAUUAUCUACAGUCCUUGUGAGACAAGUGUGUGCAGUGCUAGACUGGUGUUUAACCUGCUGCAGGGGUGGCCUCCCACUCACUCAGCUCCCUCAUCAUCUCCUCCUCCUCCCUGUCCUAUACAGAGUUUGCGCUAAGUGAGAAAACAAAAAGGAUUCGCGGAUUCCCUGAUGAGCUAUAGGUGAGGGUCACUCGCCAAUUAUUCAUCUCUUCCAUGACAGGAGUCUCGUCUUUACCUUUUCAGUUUCUAGCAUUUUGUCUCAUUUUCUCCUUCACCAGGCAAGAGACAAUCACUUUCACUCAUGCUGUGCUGUCAGGGGUUAAUUGGAAGCGAUCAUGUCCCCGUGUGGGGAAACAAGUGGUUCCUAGACAGAGCAUGAAACCUCUUAGUUUUUUUUUUUUUUAAUUAGCAGAACAGAACGAGGCAGAAAGGACAAGAAUCAAUAAGAAAUAAAUCCAGUGAUAGGAA